AACCCGGCACCACUGCGCACCUCCGGACAAUCACGACUCCGCAGUCAGUCUUCAACAAGUAUUCGCUCACCACAUCGCCGUCUUCUCCCUUCCAGCAUCCUCCGCCAUGUCCGCAACGGGGACGAAUGUCCUCCGAUGGGGAGCCCUCGUCUUCGGUGUCUUCUACGGUUUCACACACCAGCAGGCCAUCUUCGCAAAGGAUAAAGCCGCGGAACACAAGCACGAAUACGACCGAAAGCAGAAGCUCAUAGAUGAGGCCAAGGCCAAGUUCGCCGAGAAGAACUCGCCCAAGUCGGGCGAUGGUGUAAUAACGAACCCAGACGACCCGAAAUUCGACCUCGAGAAGUACCUCCUCAAGGUGGCCAAGGAGAACCCGUAAGAGGCUUGCCGAGGGCAGAUGUUGGACACAUGUGAUGACACGGGAAAGAGGCGGUGAGAGGGAUAGCACAGAGACAUGGCGGGUGUCAAUACCCGACGUGAAGGAUUGGAAUAUGCUUGUUCCAUCUUGCCUUGCUCUGACACGGAAGAACGCAACAACUAGACGAAAGGAAAAGCAUGCACUUCGAAGCCUCGCGAUCCGGAAAGAGAGCAAUCGCACUCUCG